AUGGCUCACCAUAAUAUGUUUUUUUGGAUAGUUUCGGUCCUGCUUCUUCAGAAUUCUGUAUUAGCUGAAGAUGGGGAAAUAAGAUCAAGUUGUCGUACGGCUCCAACAGAUUUAGUUUUCAUCUUAGAUGGCUCUUACAGUGUUGGUCCAGAAAACUUUGAAAUAGUGAAAAAAUGGCUUGUCAAUAUCACAAAAAAUUUUGACAUAGGACCAAAGUUUAUUCAGGUUGGAGUGGUCCAGUAUAGUGACUAUCCUGUAUUGGAAAUUCCCCUUGGAAGCCACAAUUCAGGAGAGAACUUGAUGGCCGCAAUGGACUCCAUACACUACCUGGGUGGAAACACAAGGACCGGAAAGGCCAUCCAGUUUGCUCUUGAUUACCUUUUUGCCAAGUCCUCACGGUUUCUGACGAAGAUAGCAGUGGUACUUACGGAUGGUAAAUCUCAAGAUGAAGUUAAGGAUGCAGCAGAAGCAGCAAGAGACAGUAAAAUCACUUUAUUUGCUAUUGGUGUUGGCUCAGAAACAGAGGAUGCAGAACUUAGAGCUAUCGCCAAUAAGCCUUCAUCUACUUACGUGUUUUAUGUGGAAGACUAUAUUGCAAUAUCCAAAAUAAGGGAAGUGAUGAAGCAGAAACUUUGUGAAGAAUCUGUUUGUCCAACACGAAUUCCAGUGGCAGCUCGCGAUGAGAAAGGGUUUGAUAUUCUUUUAGGCUUGGGAGUAAAGAAAAAGGUUAAGAAAAGAAUCCCUCUUUCACCAACAAAGAUAAAAGGAUAUGAAGUAACAUCUAAAGUUGACUUAUCAGAAUUCACAAGCAAUGUUUUCCCAGAAGGUCUUCCUCCAUCAUAUGUAUUUGUCUCCACUCAGAGAUUUAAGGUCAAGAAAAUGUGGGAUUUAUGGAGAAUUUUAACCAUUGACGGAAGGCCACAAAUAGCAGUUACCUUAAAUGGUGUGGAUAAAACAUUACUGUUUACAACAACCAGCAUAAUUAAUGGCUCACAGGUGGUCACCUUUGCUGACUCCCAAGUUAAGACAUUAUUUGAUGAAGGCUGGCAUCAAAUUCGUCUCUUAGUAACAGAACAAGAUGUAACUCUGUAUAUCGAUGAUCAACAGAUUGAAAACAAGCCCUUACAUCCAGUUUUAGGGAUCUUCAUCAGCGGGCAAACUCAAAUUGGAAAGUAUUCUGGGAAAGAAGAAACCGUUCAGUUUGAUGUCCAGAAGUUACGAAUCUACUGUGACCCAGAACAGAACAACAGAGAGACGGCAUGCGAGAUUCCUGGAUUUAAUGGUGAGUGCCUCAAUGGUCCCAGUGAUGUAGGCUCUACUCCAGCUCCCUGUGUUUGUCCUCCUGGAAAGCCAGGACUGCAAGGCCCCAAAGGUGAACCUGGACAGCCUGGGAACCCCGGCUACCCUGGACAAUCUGGUCAAGAUGGUAAGCCUGGAUAUCAAGGAAUUGCAGGAUCACCAGGUGUCCCAGGAUCCCCUGGCAUACAAGGAGUUCAAGGACUACCAGGUUACAAAGGAGAACCAGGGAGAGAUGGUGAAAAGGGUGACCGUGGACUUCCUGGUUUUCCUGGGCUUCAUGGAAUGCCAGGAUUAAAGGGUGAAAUGGGCCCGAAAGGAGAUAAAGGAUCAACUGGAUUUUAUGGCAAAAAGGGUGCAAAAGGUGAAAAGGGAAAUGCUGGUUUUCCUGGCCUUCCUGGACGUGCUGGAGAACCAGGAAGACAUGGAAAGGAUGGACUAAUGGGUAGUCCUGGUUACAAGGGAGAAGUGGGACCUCCGGGUGCUCCAGGUCAGGAUGGAUCACGGGGAGAGCCUGGACUACCAGGAUUUCCUGGAAAUCAAGGAUUAAUGGGACAAAAGGGAGAAAUUGGGCCUCAAGGACCACUAGGAAAAAAAGGAGCUCCAGGGAUUCCUGGUAUGAUGGGACGUGAUGGCUCACCAGGUCAGCCUGGAACACCAGGAUCUAAGGGAAAUAAAGGUGAACCUGGACUUCAAGGGAUGCCUGGGGCUUCUGGGCUAAAGGGAGAACAAGGAGCAGUAGGUCCCCCAGGAGAACCGGGAUACCUGGGUUUGCCGGGAGUUCAAGGAAAAAAGGGCGACAAAGGAAAUCAAGGUGAAAAAGGCAUUCAGGGUCAAAAGGGAGAAAAUGGAAGACAAGGGAUUCCAGGGUCACAGGGAAUUCAAGGUCAUCAUGGUGCAAAAGGCGAGAGAGGUGAAAAGGGAGAGCCUGGCAUCAGAGGUGCCACUGGACCAAAAGGAGAGUCUGGGGUGGACGGCCUGAUGGGGCCUAUGGGUCCCCAGGGGCAGCCAGGCGAAACAGGUCCUCAAGGACCUCCAGGAUUGGAUGGAAAGCCUGGAAGAGAAUUUUCAGAACAGUUUAUUCGACAGGUUUGCACCGAUGUAUUAAGAGCUCAGCUACCAGUCUUACUUCAGAGUGGAAGAAUUCAAAGUUGUGAUCAUUGCCAGUCUCAACAUGGUUCUCCUGGUAUUCCUGGGCCACCGGGUCCCAUAGGCCCAGAAGGUCCUCGAGGAUUUCCUGGUUUGCCAGGAAGAGAUGGUGUUCCUGGAUUAGUGGGUGCUCCUGGACGUCCAGGUGCCAGAGGAUUAAAAGGCCUACCAGGAAGAAACGGGGCAAAGGGGAACCAAGGGUUUGGGUACCCUGGAGAACAAGGUCCUCCUGGUCCCCCAGGUCCAGAGGGUCCUCCUGGAAUAAGCAAAGAAGGUCCUCCAGGAGACCCAGGUCUCCCAGGCAAAGAUGGAGAUCAUGGAAAACCUGGAAUCCAAGGACAACCAGGCCCCCCUGGAAUCUGCGAUCCAUCGCUAUGUUUUAGUGUAAUUGUUGGAAGAGAUCCAUUUAGAAAAGGACCAAACUAUUAG